GAAGCCAGCCUUCAUCGGAUCGGUGAGCUGUUUUCCCCAGUAGUACAGCGGAGAGAGAGGAACUACACCGCCAGUCGGAUAACGUUACUCACUCUGUCUGAGAAUGUACUAGUCUGAAGAAAUGGCAUGCGGAUACACUUUAAAAACAAAUCACUUUAACUUGGUAGCAAUAUGGAUUAUGUCGUUGUCAAGGGAAUGUGAGCUGGUACCGGAGACAGACUCAGGCUGGAAGUUUUGAAGGGCCGAUCACGGCGCCUCUUCCCCGGUCCGGUGUUUAUUACCGGCGUCCCAUUUUCCCGGGUAGCCCCAUGCAAAACAUAACGGUACCCGGCAGCCCCAACAACAACUCUGAUGUCAUUUGCUCCUGCAACUGCACCGGCCCCCAACCGGAGGGAAUGGAGAUAUCGGUCCUCCAGUCUGCUCAGAUCCUCAUCAUCCUGGUCCUGAUGACGGUAACGCUGCUGGUGAUUGGCUGUCUGUUGAACCACUACAAACUGUCUGCCUGCUCCUUGACAACCAGACAGAGCCGGGCCCGGAGGCAAGCGCAACACCUACAGCAGGAAGUGUGUCUCUGGCCGUCGGACAGCGUCUCUCGACAAGGUGCCGCCGAGGUGCUGUAUGUGCCCCAGGCCAGAGAGAGGUUCACAGCCCCCUCCUUUAUGUACCGGGAGCGUUUCAGUCGCUUCCAGCCCACCUACCCCUACCUGACCCACGACAUCCACCUUCCCCCCAGCAUCUCCCUGUCUGACGGAGAGGAGCCCCCGCCCUACCAGGGCCCCUGUACCUUACAGCUGAGGGACCCAGAGCAACAGCUGGAGUUGAACAGAGAGUCGGUCAGGGCCCCCCCCAACAGAACCAUCUUCCACAGUGAUGUGAUGCACAGUGGAGGGGGGGGAGGAGGGCCAAGACCACCCAGCAGCAACUCUGGUAUCAGCGUAGCCAAUAGCAGCAGCCACGGACGCAUGGAACGCCCGCCUCCGGCAUAUUGCGAGGUGAUUGGUCAGCACUACCCUGGCUUUUUUCACCACCCGCACAGCAAUAACCCACUCGGGACCUGGACCGGGGGCGUGACCAGCCAGCAGGGCCAAUCAGAAAGCACAAUACCUGCCAAGGCCAGGAAAGGGGAGGAGCUGAGGUGAGAUGGAGGAGGGACUACGCUGUCUGAGACUCCUCCCCCCUGUAAAGAGGUGUGGCCAAUCUCUCUAUGGACCGACACUCCCAGGAUGGACAACUAAACACAACAUUAUCCACCUGCUACAACUAAACACAACAUUACCAACCUGCUACAACUAAACACAACAUUACCAACCUGUUACAACACAACAUUAUCAACCUGCUACAACUAAACACAACAUUACCAACCUGCUACAACUAAACACAACAUUAUCAACCUGUUACAACUAUACACAACAUUAUCAACCUGCUACAACUAAACACACCAUUACCAACCUGCUACAACUAAACACAACAUUACCAACCUGCUACAACUAAACACAACAUUACCAACCUGUUACAACUAAACACAACAUUAUCAACCUGCUACAACUAAACACAACAUUAUCAACCUGUUACAACUAAACACAACAUUAUCCACCUGCUACAACUAAACACAACAUUACCCACCUGCUACAACACAACAUUAUCAACCUGUUACAACUAAACACAACAUUAUCAACCUGUUACAAUUAAACACAACAUUAUCCACCUGCUACAACUAAACACAACAUUAUCCACCUGCUACAACUAAACACAACAUUAUCAACCUGCUACAACUAAACACAACAUUACCAACCUGUUACAACACAACAUUACCAACCUGUUACAACUAAACACAACAUUAUCAACCUGUUACAACUAAACACAACAUUAUCCACCUGCUACAACUAAACACAACAUUAUCCACCUGCUACAACUAAACACAACAUUAUCAACCUGCUACAACUAAACACAACAUUACCAACCUGCUACAACACAACAUUAUCAACCUGUUACAACUAAACACAACAUUACCAACCUGCUACAACUAAACACAACAUUAUCAACCUGUUACAACUAAACACAACAUUACCAACCUGUUACAACUAAACACAACAUUAUCAACCUGCUACAACUAAACACAACAUUACCAACCUGCUACAACUAAACACAACAUUAUCAACCUGUUACAACUGAACACAACAUUACCAACCUGCUACAACACAACAUUAUCCACCUGCUACAACUAAACACAACAUUAUCCACCUGCUACAACUAAACACAACAUUAUCAACCUGUUACAAAUGAACACAACAUUACCAACCUGUUACAACACAACAUUAUCCACCUGCUACAACUAAACACAACAUUACCAACCUGCUACAACUAAACACAACAUUAUCAACCUGCUACAACUAAACACAACAUUACCAACCUGCUACAACUAAACACAACAUUAUCCACCUGCUACAACUAAACACAACAUUAUCAACCUGCUACAACACAACAUUACCAACCUGCUACAACUAAACACAACAUUAUCAACCUGCUACAACUAAACACAACAUUAUCCACCUGUUACAACUAAACACAACAUUAUCCACCUGCUACAACUAAACACAACAUUACCAACCUGUUACAACUAAACACAACAUUAUCAACCUGCUACAACACAACAUUAUCAACCAGCUACAACUAAACACAACAUUACCAACCUGCUACAACUAAACACAACAUUAUCAACCUGUUACAACUAAACACAACAUUAUCAACCUGCUACAACACAACAUUAUCAACCUGUUACAACUAAACACAACAGUAUCAACCUGCUACAACUACACACAACAUUAUCAACCUGCUACAACUAAACACAACAUUACCAACCUGUUACAACACAACAUUAUCCACCUGCUACAACUAAACACAACAUUACCAACCUGCUACAACACAACAUUAUCAACCUGCUACAACACAACAUUAUCAACCUGCUACAACUAAACACAACAUUAUCAACCUGCUACAACUAAACACAACAUUACCAACCUGCUACAACUAAACACAACAUUAUCAACCUGCUACAACUAAACACAACAUUAUCAACCUGCUACAACUAAACACAACAUUACCAACCUGCUACAACUAAACACAACAUUAUCAACCUGCUACAACUAAACACAACAUUACCAACCUGCUACAACUAAACACAACAUUAUCAACCUGCUACAACUAAACACAACAUUAUCAACCUGCUACAACUAAACACAACAUUAUCAACCUGCUACAACUAAACACAACAUUACCAACCUGUUACAACUAAACACAACAUUAUCAACCUGUUACAACACAACAUUAUCAACCUGCUACAACUAAACACAACAUUACCAACCUGCUACAACACAACAUUAUCAACCUGCUACAACUAAACACAACAUUAUCAACCUGCUACAACACAACAUUAUCAACCUGCUACAACUAAACACAACAUUAUCAACCUGCUACAACACAACAUUAUCAACCUGCUACAACUAAACACAACAUUAUCAACCUGCUACAACACAACAUUAUCAACCUGCUACAACUAAACACAACAUUAUCAACCUGCUAUAACUAAACACAACAUUAUCAACCUGUUACAACACAACAUUACCAACCUGCUACAACUAAACACAACAUUACCAACCUGCUACAACUAAACACAACAUUAUCAACCUGUUACAACACAACAUUAUCAACCUGCUACAACUAAACACAACAUUACCAACCUGCUACAACUAAACACAACAUUAUCAACCUGCUACAACACAACAUUACCAACCUGCUACAACACAACAUUAUCAACCUGCUACAACUAAAUACAACAUUACCAACCUGCUACAACUAAACACAACAUUACCAACCUGCUACAACUAAACACAACAUUAUCAACCUGCUACAACUAAACACAACAUUAUCAACCUGUUACAACUAAACACAACAUUAUCAACCUGCUACAACUAAACACAACAUUACCAACCUGCUACAACUAAACACAACAUUAUCAACCUGUUACAACACAACACAACAUUACCAACCUGUAACAACACAACAUUAUCAACCUGCUACAACUAAACACAACAUUACCAACCUGCUACAACUAAACACAACAUUAUCAACCUGUUACAACUAAACACAACAUUACCCACCUGUUACAACUAAACACAACAUUAUCCACCUGCUACAACUAAACACAACAUUAUCCACCUGCUACAACUAAACACAACAUUAUCAACCUGCUACAACUAAACACAACAUUACCAACCUGCUACAACUAAACACAACAUUAUCAACCUGCUACAACUAAACACAACAUUAUCUACCAGCUACAACUAAACACAACAUUAUCAACCUGUUACAACUAAACACAACAUUAUCAACCUGUUACAACUAAACACAACAUUAUCCACCUGCUACAACACAACAUUAUCUACCUGCCACAACUAAACACAACAUUAUCAACCUGCUACAACUAAACACAACAUUACCAACCUGCUACAACUAAACACAACAUUAUCAACCUGCUACAACUAAACACAACAUUACCAACCUGCUACAACACAACAUUAUCAACCUGCUACAACUAAACACAACAUUACCAACCUGCUACAACUAAACACAACAUUAUCCACCUGCUACAACUAAACACAACAUUACCAACCUGUUACAACUAAACACAACAUUAUCCACCUGCUACAACACAACAUUAUCCACCUGCUACAACUAAACACAACAUUACCAACCUGCUACAACUAAACACAACAUUAUCAACCUGUUACAACUAAACACAACAUUAUCCACCUGCUACAACACAGCAUUAUCAACCUGCUACAACUAAACACAACAUUAUCCACCUGCUACAACUAAACACAACAUUAUCAACCUGCUACAACUAAACACAACAUUAUCAACCUGCUACAACUAAACACAACAUUAUCCACCUGCUACAACUAAACACAACAUUAUCAACCUGCUACAACUAAACACAACAUUAUCCACCUGCUACAACUAAACACAACAUUAUCAACCUGCUACAACCAAACACAACAUUACCAACCUGCUACAACUAAACACAACAUUACCAACCUGUUACAACUAAACACAACAUUAUCCACCUGCUACAACUAAACACAACAUUAUCAACCUGCUACAACUAAACACAACAUUAUCAACCUGCUACAACUAAACACAACAUUAUCAACCUGCUACAACUAAACACAACAUUACCAACCUGCUACAACUAAACACAACACUACCAACCUGCUACAACACAACAUUAUCAACCUGCUACAACACAACAUUAUCAACCUGUUACAACUAAACACAACAUUACCAACCUGCUACAACUAAACACAACAUUAUCAACCUGUUACAACUAAACACAACAUUACCAACCUGUUACAACUAAACACAAAAUUAUCAACCUGCUACAACUAAACACAACAUUACCAACCUGUUACAACUAAACACAACAUUAUCAACCUGUUACAACUGAACACAACAUUACCAACCUGCUACAACACAACAUUAUCCACCUGCUACAACUAAACACAACAUUAUCCACCUGCUACAACUAAACACAACAUUAUCAACCUGUUACAAAUGAACACAACAUUACCAACCUGUUACAACACAACAUUAUCCACCUGCUACAACUAAACACAACAUUACCAACCUGCUACAACUAAACACAACAUUAUCAACCUGCUACAACUAAACACAACAUUACCAACCUGCUACAACUAAACACAACAUUAUCCACCUGCUACAACUAAACACAACAUUAUCAACCUGCUACAACACAACAUUACCAACCUGCUACAACUAAACACAACAUUAUCAACCUGCUACAACUAAACACAACAUUAUCCACCUGUUACAACUAAACACAACAUUAUCCACCUGCUACAACUAAACACAACAUUACCAACCUGUUACAACUAAACACAACAUUAUCAACCUGCUACAACACAACAUUAUCAACCAGCUACAACUAAACACAACAUUACCAACCUGCUACAACUAAACACAACAUUAUCAACCUGUUACAACUAAACACAACAUUAUCAACCUGCUACAACACAACAUUAUCAACCUGUUACAACUAAACACAACAGUAUCAACCUGCUACAACUACACACAACAUUAUCAACCUGCUACAACUAAACACAACAUUACCAACCUGUUACAACACAACAUUAUCCACCUGCUACAACUAAACACAACAUUACCAACCUGCUACAACACAACAUUAUCAACCUGCUACAACACAACAUUAUCAACCUGCUACAACUAAACACAACAUUAUCAACCUGCUACAACUAAACACAACAUUACCAACCUGCUACAACUAAACACAACAUUAUCAACCUGUUACAACUAAACACAACAUUAUCAACCUGCUACAACUAAACACAACAUUACCAACCUGCUACAACUAAACACAACAUUAUCAACCUGCUACAACUAAACACAACAUUAUCAACCUGCUACAACUAAACACAACAUUAUCAACCUGCUACAACUAAACACAACAUUACCAACCUGCUACAACUAAACACAACAUUACCAACCUGUUACAACUAAACACAACAUUAUCAACCUGUUACAACACAACAUUAUCAACCUGCUACAACUAAACACAACAUUACCAACCUGCUACAACACAACAUUAUCAACCUGCUACAACUAAACACAACAUUAUCAACCUGCUACAACACAACAUUAUCAACCUGCUACAACUAAACACAACAUUAUCAACCUGCUACAACACAACAUUAUCAACCUGCUACAACUAAACACAACAUUAUCAACCUGCUACAACUAAACACAACAUUAUCAACCUGCUAUAACUAAACACAACAUUAUCAACCUGUUACAACACAACAUUACCAACCUGCUACAACUAAACACAACAUUACCAACCUGCUACAACUAAACACAACAUUAUCAACCUGUUACAACACAACAUUAUCAACCUGCUACAACUAAACACAACAUUACCAACCUGCUACAACUAAACACAACAUUAUCAACCUGCUACAACUAAACACAACAUUAUCAACCUGCUACAACACAACAUUACCAACCUGCUACAACACAACAUUAUCAACCUGCUACAACUAAACACAACAUUACCAACCUGCUACAACUAAACACAACAUUACCAACCUGCUACAACUAAACACAACAUUACCAACCUGCUACAACUAAACACAACAUUAUCCACCUGCUACAACACAACAUUAUCCACCUGUUACAACUAAACACAACAUUAUCCACCUGUUACAACUAAACACAACAUUAUCAACAUGUUACAACACAACAUUAUCAAUCUGCUACAACUAAACACAACAUUAUCAACCUGUUACAACUAAACACAACAUUAUCAACCUGUUACAACACAACAUUAUCAACCUGCUACAACUAAACACAACAUUACCAACCUGCUACAACUAAACACAACAUUAUCAACCUGCUACAACUAAACACAACAUUAUCAACCUGCUACAACACAACAUUACCAACCUGCUACAACACAACAUUAUCAACCUGCUACAACUAAACACAACAUUACCAACCUGCUACAACUAAACACAACAUUACCAACCUGCUACAACUAAACACAACAUUAUCAACCUGCUACAACUAAACACAACAUUAUCAACCUGCUACAACUAAACACAACAUUAUCAACCUGUUACAACUAAACACAACAUUAUCAACCUGCUACAACUAAACACAACAUUACCAACCUGCUACAACUAAACACAACAUUAUCAACCUGUUACAACACAACACAACAUUACCAACCUGUAACAACACAACAUUAUCAACCUGCUACAACUAAACACAACAUUACCAACCUGCUACAACUAAACACAACAUUAUCAACCUGUUACAACUAAACACAACAUUACCCACCUGUUACAACUAAACACAACAUUAUCCACCUGCUACAACUAAACACAACAUUAUCCACCUGCUACAACUAAACACAACAUUAUCAACCUGCUACAACUAAACACAACAUUACCAACCUGCUACAACUAAACACAACAUUAUCAACCUGCUACAACUAAACACAACAUUAUCUACCAGCUACAACUAAACACAACAUUAUCAACCUGUUACAACUAAACACAACAUUAUCAACCUGUUACAACUAAACACAACAUUAUCCACCUGCUACAACACAACAUUAUCUACCUGCUACAACUAAACACAACAUUAUCAACCUGCUACAACUAAACACAACAUUACCAACCUGCUACAACUAAACACAACAUUACCAACCUGCUACAACUAAACACAACAUUAUCAACCUGCUACAACUAAACACAACAUUACCAACCUGCUACAACUAAACACAACAUUACCAACCUGCUACAACUAAACACAACAUUACCAACCUGCUACAACUAAACACAACAUUAUCCACCUGCUACAACUAAACACAACAUUACCAACCUGUUACAACUAAACACAACAUUAUCCACCUGCUACAACACAACAUUAUCCACCUGCUACAACUAAACACAACAUUACCAACCUGCUACAACUAAACACAACAUUAUCAACCUGUUACAACUAAACACAACAUUAUCCACCUGCUACAACACAGCAUUAUCAACCUGCUACAACUAAACACAACAUUAUCCACCUGCUACAACACAACAUUAUCAACCUGCUACAACUAAACACAACAUUACCAACCUGUUACAACACAAGAUUAUCAACCAGCUACAACUAAACACAACAUUAUCAACCUGCUACAACACAACAUUAUCAACCAGCUACAACUAAACACAACAUUACCAACCUGCUACAACUAAACACAACAUUAUCAACCUGUUACAACUAAACACAACAUUAUCAACCUGCUACAACUAAACACAACAUUACCAACCUGUUACAACACAACAUUACCAACCUGCUACAACUAAACACAACAUUACUAACCUGUUACAACACAACAUUAUCAACCAGCUACAACUAAACACAACAUUAUCAACAUGCUACAACUAUACACAACAUUAUCAACCUGCUACAACUAAACACAACAUUAUCAACCUGCUACAACUAAACACAACAUUACCAACCUGCUACAACUAAACACAACAUUAUCCACCUGCUACAACACAACAUUAUCCACCUGUUACAACUAAACACAACAUUAUCCACCUGUUACAACUAAACACAACAUUAUCAACAUGUUACAACACAACAUUAUCAAUCUGCUACAACUAAACACAACAUUAUCAACCUGUUACAACUAAACACAACAUUACCAACCUGUUACAACACAACACAACAUUACCAACCUGCUACAACUAAACACAACAUUAUCAACCUGUUACAACUAAACACAACAUUAUCCACCUGCUACAACUAAACACAACAUUAUCAACCUGUUACAACUAAACACAACAUUAUCAACCUGUUACAACUAAACACAACAUUAUCAACCUGUUACAACUAAACACAACAUUAUCAACCUGCUACAACUAAACACAACAUUAUCAACCUGUUACAACUAAACACAACAUUAUCACCCUGUUACAACUAAACACAACAUUAUCAACCUGUUACAACACAACAUUAUCAACCUGCUACAACUAAACACAACAUUAUCAACCUGCUACAACUAAACACAACAUUAUCAACCUGUUACAACACAACAUUAUCAACCUGUUACAACUAAACACAACAUUAUCAACCUGCUACAACUAAACACAACAUUACCAACCUGUUACAACUAAACACAACAUUAACCACCUGUUACAACACAACAUUACCAACCUGUUACAACUAAACACAACAUUAUCAACCUGCUACAACUAAACACAACAUUAUCAACCUGCUACAACUAAACACAACAUUACCAACCUGUUACAACACAACAUUACCAACCUGCUACAACUAAACACAACAUUAUCAACCUGCUACAACUAAACACAGCAUUAUCCACCUGUUACAACACAACACAACAUUACCAACCUGCUACAACUAAACACAACAUUAUCAACCUGCUACAACUAAACACAACAUUAUCAACCUGUUACAACUAAACACAACAUUAUCAACCUGCUACAACUAAACACAACAUUAUCAACCUGCUACAACUAAACACAACAUUAUCCACCUGCUACAACUAAACACAACAUUAUCCACCUGCUACAACACAACAUUAUCAACCUGCUACAACUAAACACAACAUUAUCAACCUGCUACAACUAAACACAACAUUACCAACCUGCUACAACUAAACACAACAUUACCCACCUGCUACAACACAACAUUAUCAACCUGUUACAACUAAACACAACAUUAUCAACCUGUUACAACUAAACACAACAUUACCAACCUGUUACAACUAAACACAACAUUAUCAACCUGCUACAACUAAACACAACAUUAUCAACCUGCUACAACACAAAAUUAUCAACCUGCUACAACUAAACACAACAUUACCAACCUGUUACAACUAAACACAACAUUAUCAACCUGCUACAACUAAACACAACAUUAUCAACCUGCUACAACUAAACACAACAUUACCAACCUGCUACAACUAAACACAACAUUAUCAACCUGCUACAACUAAACACAACAUUACCAACCUGCUACAACUAAACACAACAUUAUCAACCUGCUACAACACAACAUUAUCAACCUGUUACAACUAAACACAACAUUAUCAACCUGUUACAACUAAACACAACAUUAUCAACCUGCUACAACACAACAUUAUCAACCUGCUACAACUAAACACAACAUUAUCAACCUGUUACAACUAAACACAUUAUCAACCUGCUACAACUAAACACAACAUUAUCAACCUGCUACAACACAACAUUAUCAACCUGCUACAACUAAACACAACAUUACCAACCUGUUACAACUAAACACAACAUUACCAACCUGUUACAACUAAACACAACAUUAUCAACCUGCUACAACUAAACACAACAUUAUCAACCUGCUACAACUAAACACAACAUUACCAACCUGUUACAACUAAACACAACAUUAUCAACCUGCUACAACACAACAUUAUCAACCUGCUACAACUAAACACAACAUUACCAACCUGUUACAACUAUACACAACAUUAUCAACCUGCUACAACUACACACAACAUUAUCAACCUGCUACAACUAAACACAACAUUACCAACCUGCUACAACUAUAAACAACAUUAUCAACCUGCUACAACUAAACACAACAUUACCAACUUGUUACAACUAAACACAACAUUAUCAACCUGCUACAACUAAACACAACAUUACCAACCUGCUACAGCACAACAUUAUCAACCUGUUACAACUAAACACAACAUUAUCAACCUGCUACAACUAAACACAACAUUACCAACCUGCUACAACUAAACACAACAUUACCAACCUGCUACAACUAAACACAACAUUAUCAACCUGCUACAACUAAACACAACAUUACCAACCUGCUACAACACAACAUUAUCCACCUGCUACAACUAAACACAACAUUACCAACCUGCUACAACUAAACACAACAUUACCAACCUGUUACAACACAACAUUAUCAACCUGCUACAACUAAACACAACAUUACCAACCUGCUACAACUAAACACAACAUUACCAACCUGUUACAACUAAACACAACAUUAUCAACCUGCUACAACACAACAUUACCAACCUGCUACAACUAAACACAACAUUAUCAACCUGCUACAACUAAACACAACAUUACCAACCUGCUACAACUAAACACAACAUUAUCAACCUGUUACAACUAAACACAACAUUAUCCACCUGCUACAACACAACAUUACCAACCUGCUACAACUAAACACAACAUUAUCAACCUGUUACAACACAACAUUACCAACCUGCUACAACUAAACACAACAUUAUCAACCUGCUACAACUAAACACAACAUUACCAACCUGCUACAACUAAACACAACAUUAUCAACCUGCUACAACUAAACACAACAUUAUCAACCUGCUACAACUAAACACAACAUUAUCAACCUGCUACAAUUAAACACAACAUUAUCAACCUGCUACAACUAAACACAACAUUACCAACCUGUUACAACUAAACACAACAUUAUCAACCUGCUACAACACAACAUUAUCAACCUGCUACAACACAACAUUACCAACCUGUUACAACUAAACACAACAUUACCAACCUGCUACAACUAAACACAACAUUACCAACCUGCUACAACUAAACACAACAUUAUCAACCUGCUACAACACAACAUUAUCAACCUGCUACAACUAUACACAACAUUACCAACCUGCUACAACACAACAUUAUCCACCUGCUACAUCUAUACACAACAUUACCAACCUGCUACAACUAAACACAACAUUAUCAACCUGCUACAACUAAACACAACAUUAUCAACCUGUUACAACUGAACACAACAUUAUCAACCUGUUACAACUAAACACAACAUUAUCCACCUGCUACAACACAACAUUAUCAACCUGCUACAACUAAACACAACAUUAUCAACCUGUUACAACUAAACACAACAUUAUCCACCUGCUACAACACAACAUUAUCAACCUGCUACAACUAAACACAACAUUACCAACCUGCUACAACUAAACACAACAUUAUCCACCUGCUACAACUAAACACAACAUUACCAACCUGUUACAACUAAACACAACAUUAUCAACCUGCUAUAACUACACACAACAUUAUCAACCUGUUACAACUAAACACAACAUUACCAACCUGUUACAACUAAACACAACAUUAUCAACCUGCUACAACUAAACACAACAUUAUCCACCUGCUACAACUACACACAACACAGAGAGGAACCAAGUAUGAAUACAUUUAUUUUUUCAUUAAUUAAAAGUCUGUACCGACCCCGAGCUGGACUGAGGGGUUUUAUACAGACCAGGGUCAGUACCGACCCCGAGCUGGACUGAGGGGUUUUAUACAGACCAGGGUCAGUACCGACCCCGAGCUGGACUGAGGGGUUUUAUACAGACCAGGGUCAGUACCGACCCCGAGCUGGACUGAGGGGUUUUAUACAGACCAGGGUCAGUACCGACCCCGAGCUGGACUGAGGGGUUUUAUACAGACCAGGGUCAGUACCGACCCCGAGCUGGACUGAGGGGUUUUAUACAGACCAGGGUCUGUACCGACCCCGAGCUGGACUGAGGGGUUUUAUACAGACCAGGGUCUGUACCGACCCCGAGCUGGACUGAGGGGUUUUAUACAGACCAGGGUCAGUACCGACCCCGAGCUGGACUGAGGGGUUUUAUACAGACCAGGGUCUGUACCGACCCCGAGCUGGACUGAGGGGUUUUAUACAUACCAGGGUCUGUACCGACCCGCUGGACUGAGGGGUUUUAUACAGACCAGGGUCUGUACCGACCCCGAGCUGGACUGAGGGGUUUUAUACAGACCAGGGUCUGUACCGACCCCCUGGACUGAGGGAUUUUAUACAGACCAGGGUCUGUACCGACCCCGAGCUGGACUGAGGGGUUUUAUACAGACCAGGGUCUGUACCGACCCCCUGGACUGAGGGAUUUUAUACAGACCAGGGUCUGUACCGACCCCGAGCUGGACUGAGGGGUUUUAUACAGACCAGGGUCUGUACCGACCCCCUGGACUGAGGGGUUUUAUACAAACCAGGGUCUGUACCGACCCCGAGCUGGACUGAGGGGUUUUAUACAGACCAGGGUCUGUACCGACCCCGAGCUGGACUGAGGGGUUUUAUACAGACCAGGGUCUGUACCGACCCCGAGCUGGACUGAGGGGUUUUAUACAGACCAGGGUCUGUACCGACCCCGAGCUGGACUGAGGGGUUUUAUACAGACCAGGGUCAGUACCGACCCCGAGCUGGACUGAGGGGUUUUAUACAGACCAGGGUCUGUACCGACCCCGAGCUGGACUGAGGGGUUUUAUACAUACCAGGGUCUGUACCGACCCGCUGGACUGAGGGGUUUUAUACAGACCAGGGUCUGUACCGACCCCGAGCUGGACUGAGGGGUUUUAUACAGACCAGGGUCUGUACCGACCCCCUGGACUGAGGGAUUUUAUACAGACCAGGGUCUGUACCGACCCCGAGCUGGACUGAGGGGUUUUAUACAGACCAGGGUCUGUACCGACCCCCUGGACUGAGGGAUUUUAUACAGACCAGGGUCUGUACCGACCCCGAGCUGGACUGAGGGGUUUUAUACAGACCAGGGUCUGUACCGACCCCCUGGACUGAGGGGUUUUAUACAAACCAGGGUCUGUACCGACCCCGAGCUGGACUGAGGGGUUUUAUACAGACCAGGGUCAGUACCGACCCCGAGCUGGACUGAGGGGUUUUAUACAGACCAGGGUCAGUACCGACCCCGAGCUGGACUGAGGGGUUUUAUACAGACCAGGGUCUGUACCGACCCCGAGCUGGACUGAGGGGUCAGGAUUCAAUCAAGAUGGAGGAGGAACGACUCAAACAUCGAAAUCUUAGUGCCACGGUUACCGUGGAAACAAAGGAGGGGAACUGACUUGUCUAAGUAACUGACAUUAAAAAAAAUAAGCGUUA